AUGUGGCGGAAACAAUGGCGCAAGAAUGGCGGAGAACAGGCGGCCGCUUUGUCAGCUUUUGAGGCGACUUGUAAAAGUGAUCCCCAGGGCGCUGGAGAUGCUCGACCAACAGCCCUCCAAAUCGUGCGGGACGAAGGUGUUGAGGGUAAACUUGUCGGAAAAGUCAUUGUGAUUACUGGAGCCACAUCAGGCAUCGGCAUUGAAACAGCUCGUGCCUUGUCGGCUACUGAAGCAACUCUGUUUCUUACGGCUCGCAAUUUGGGCAAAGGCAAUGAAAGCCUUGCGGGACUUGUCGAACCCGGUCGAGUAUCGCUGGUGGAAAUGGACCUGGAUUCUUUCAAAAGCAUUCGUUCUGGGGCCGAAAAGAUUCUUUCUGCUUCCAGGGGUCAGGUCAACAUCCUCAUCCACAGUGCGGGCGUCAUGGGCAUCCAGGAAUAUUCACUUACCGAGGAUGGAAUUGAGGCACAAUUCUCUGCCAACUAUCUUGGUUUCUUCCUCCUCUUCCAACUACUGAAGCAAGCUCUGCUUGCCAGCAUCACUCCCGACUUGCAUUCCCGUGUGGUGAUUGUCGCUUCGUCUGCUCACCGAGCUGCCAGCCUUGGAAGGGGAGAGAGUUACAGUCUGGAAGAGGCAGAAUACAGUCAUGAAGCUGCAUACAACAACUCAAAACUUGCAGCCGUGCAUCUGGCCAACAAAAUCGAUCGCCUAUACGGCUCUCAAGGACUGCACGCCACCAGUCUGCAUCCUGGAGCCAUCCACACUGCCAUCUCCCGACAUCUGCCGCCAGAGUCUGUGGAAGCCAUCUUGAAAAAUCCGCAUGUUGGGAAAAUAUUGAAGUCUGCCCAGCAGGGAGCGGCAACAACUGUCUGGGCAGCGGUCAGUAAGAACUGGGAGACCAAGGGCGGCAAAUACCUUGAGGACUGCAACGAAGCUGAACGGGGCGUGGAUGACGGCGAGGCUUUUGGCGUGGGAUGGGUUGAGCAAACUUACAAUGUUACAGAGGAGGAUCGUCUAUGGGAAGACUCUCUGAAGUUGGUUGGAUUGGAAGCAGAGCAGGCUUGAUAGGACUGUUUGUAAGAUGUUGGCAUGGAGUUUGCAUCGUGUGUGGAGGACAGACACGGUUUGUCGGUGAUAGAGAGAGACGCGGGGAGCAGUGGGCUGAAUGUACCA